UGCAUCAGGAUGUGAUAUUGUGGUACUGGGAACUGAUUUUGAAAGAUUACAAAUAAUCCCUGGAGCAAAACAUGGAAAUAUUCAAGUGGGAUGUGUGGAUUGUUCUAUGCAGCAAGGCAAGAUUGCAGCUUCUUAUGGAAACGUUAUUUGUAUCUUUGAACCAGUUACCCUUCUAAAACAGAAGAACAAUCACCAUACUGGGUUACAUUAUCAGUGGCAGAAGACUGCUCAAAUUUUACUGGAAUCAGUUGCACAUAACUUAACAUGGGAUCCUACAGGCACUCGUCUCUUGACUGGUUCCAGCUCUCUGCAGCUCUGGUCCAAUGUUCAUUUGGAAGAUGGAAAUGCUGAAAAAACAGAUGCUGGCUCAGGGGAAUGGAGGUGUAUCUGGCAAUGCAAAACCGCUUCCCAAGUUUGUUUAAUGAAAUUUUCACCAGACGGAGAAUUCUUUGCUACUGCAGGAAAGAAUGAUUGUCUUGUGAAAGUGUGGUAUAAUACAGAUAGUUGGCGAUCAGCAGUAACACCUCCAGGUGCUACUCCAGAAAAACAAGCUUCAGAAAUUGAUUUUUCAUUUGUUUAUUUGUCCCAUCCUCGAUCUGUAAAUGGAUUUUCAUGGCGGAAGACAAGCAAGUACAUGCCACGUGGUGCUGUGUGUAAUGUACUCCUGACUUGCUGCAAAGAUAAUGUGUGCCGUCUGUGGGCAGAGACUUUGUUACCAAAUGAUAGUCUAUUGUAUGGUGGUGAAUACAACCAUUGGACUGAACCAGUGAACUUGACCAAUAACUUCAAAAGAAAUGCUUCUAGUAAGGAACGAAUGCAAAAUGCCUUAGAGGUAAAUCUGAAACACUUCCGGCGAGGGAGGAGAAGGUCAGGUGCAGUCACAGCCCAUACUGGAUACUCACCACAUCAGCAAGAUCCUCAUGAAGUUCAUCGAAACACUCCUUUGCAUGCAAAUGCACUCUGCCACUUCCAUAUUGCUGCCAGUAUCAACCCAGCUACAGACAUUCCUUUACUCCCUUCAAUCACGUCUUUGAGUCUCAGUGAAAAUGAAGAGAAAAGCGGGCCUUUUGUUGUUCAUUGGCUCAACAAUAAAGAGCUGCAUUUUUCCUUGUCCAUGGAAGUAUUUUUACAACAGAUUAAAAAGAAUUUUGAACAACAUUCUUCAGAGACCAGCACUGAAGAGUCUAAUCAGAUAGAUGGCAAAUCAGAUGAAGAAGCUGAUGAAAAUGUGGAAGAUCAAAAAGCAAACCAAGAAAAGAAGGAACUGAGUGAUGAAAGAGCUGUUCUGAAUUCAAGUUUUGUUCCUUUAUCUUCUGCUGCUAUUGAUCAUGAGAUUGAAAUACUACUGACUGAAUGGAGUAAAAAUGCUGACAUGCUCUUUAGUAUUCAUCCUAUGGAUGGUUCAUUGCUGGUAUGGCAUGUGGACUGGCUAGAUGAAUACCAGCCUGGUAUGUUUCGCCAGGUGCAGGUAUCCUUUGUUUCAAGAAUUCCAGUAGCUUUUCCAACAGGUGAUGCAAAUUCUCUUUGCAGAAGUAUAGUGAUGUAUGCUUGUACCAAGAAUGUUGACCUGGCUAUUCAACAAGGCAAACACAAGCCAUCUGGUCUUACACGCUCCUCAUCUAUGCUCAUCUCUUCUGGCCACAGUAAAUCGACCAACAGUUUAAAAUUAAGUAUCUUCACUCCUAAUGUUAUGAUGAUUUCCAAACACGCAGAUGGUUCUUUGAACCAAUGGCUAGUUAGUUUUGCAGAGGAAUCUGCUUUUUCAACUGUGCUGAGUAUUUCGCAUAAAUCCCGAUAUUGUGGUCACCGUUUUCAUCUAAAUGACUUGGCUUGUCAUUCAGUACUACCAUUGCUGCUUACAACCUCACAUCAUAAUGCUUUAAGGACACCAGAUGUUGAUAGCACCAAACAGACAAAUGACUCUUUAAAUUCUGGCGAGUCUCAUUUAAGACCUCAAAAUACAGGAACUGCAAGUGUAACAUCGCAGGAUCCCAAUGCCAUUUACAGUGAGCUUAUUCUUUGGAGGGUUGAUCCAGUUGGGCCUUUAUCCUUUUCUGGUGGAGUUUCUGAACUUGCACGAAUAAACUCUCUUCGUGUUUCGGCGUUUUCGAAUGUGGCAUGGCUGCCUACCCUCAUACCUAGUAACUGUUUAGGGGCCUACUGCAAUUCUCCUAGUGCUUGCUUUGUGGCAAGUGAUGGGCAGCAUUUAAGAUUAUAUCAAGCUAUAAUAGAUGCUAAGAAACUUCUGUGUGAGCUCUCCAAUCCUGAAAUUUCUAAAUAUGUUGGUGAAGUUUUUAACAUCAUAAGUCAACAAUCUACUGCUAGGCCAGGAUGCAUCGUAGAGUUGGAUGCCAUUACAGAACUUCGUGGCAGAAAAACACAGCUUCUUCACGUUUUUCACGAAGACUUCAUUUUGAAUAACCGGGAGGAGAAAAUGCCUGGAAAGAAGAAUGAUUUAUCAGCGUCUGUGACAGGUCGAAGAGGUUCCAUGUGUAGGGUUCCAUGCGAAGAGGUUCCAUGUGAAGGAAACUUGCAAAAUGGAUUCUCAGAAAAAUUUUACUUAAUAGUAAUUGAAUAUACUCAAAACUGCUCAUUAUUACACAUGUGGAAUUUACACUUGAAGUCCAUUCCAGUGUCAGUCGUUGAGAAGAGAGCCUCCAAAAGAGAGCCUGAAACAACAAAGCAUCAAGAAGAGCUGCAUUCCUCACCUACAGAUCCAGAAAAGGUCCAGUCUCCCUUCACACAAAAAUAUCAGGCCUGUAAAGCAAACCUUCAAAGCACCAGUCGCCUUACUCUCUCUUCAAAAAUGGUUUAUAGUCAAGAGUUGAGUUUACCAGAAGAAGUGGAGAUAAUAAGUGUUAAGCCAUCAGCAGGACACUUGAGUUCAUCUUCCAUGUAUCCGGUUUGUCGUGCACCUUAUCUACUAGCAACUUUAUGCUCUGAUGGCAAAGUUAGGUUCUGGAGAUGUAGAGUGACAGAGUCAGUAGCUUCUUCCAUGCCAGAAUAUAGUGACGUUAUAUAUAUGUGGGAAGAAUGGCCAUUACUUAUCGAGGAUGGAUUUCUUAGUAGUAGUGCUGUUAAUGUUCCAGGAAAACCAAUUGAAGUUAGCUGUGCACACACAAAUAGAUUAGCUGUUGCAUACAAGCAGGUAGUCCCUAAAAAUAGUCGCUUUUCUCAAGACUUCAUGAUUAAUGUUAGUAUUUUUGAAUGUGAAUCUACAGGAGGUUCAUGUUGGAUUCUGGAACACACUCUUCAUUUAGAUGAAAUAGGCACAACAUUAGAUUCUGCUAUAAGUAUUGACAGCAAUUUAAUGGAGUAUAAUAAACAGGAAGUUUGUUUAUCUGGUAAUGGGAAAACUCCAUCAAGCACAAAGCACUUGGUUCACUUAGACUGGAUGUCUAGAGAAGAUGGUUCACAUAUCCUAACAGUAGGCAUUGGAUCAAAGCUUUAUAUGUUUGGUCAGCUGGCUGGAAAGGGGCAAGAACAAAAUGGUGUGGAGAGUGUUGCUUUGCCACUAUGGGAAACGGCAAAAGUUACACCCCUUUCUAGGUUUGUGUUGCUACGAUGUGUGGACUUAAUUUCUUCAGUAGAAGGAUCACCUCCUUGUCCAGUUUCUUUGUCUUGGGUUCGUGAUGGCAUUCUUGUAGUUGGGAUGGAUUGUGAAAUGCACGUUUAUUCUCAGUGGCAGCCUCCUUCAAAACAAGAGACAGUUGCUACAGACUCUUACCGUGGAAGCACACCAUCUAUAACUAGCUUAAUGAAACAAAGCCAGUCAGCUGGUUCUGGCCUUCAUCCACCAAAGCGAACCUUAACCAGAUCCAUGACCAGCCUUGCACAGAAGCUUAGUGGAAAGAGAACAAUAUUUGAUAUCCCUGUGGAUAUGGAAGAUUCUGGACUUUUUGAAGCAGCACAUGCAUUAUGUCCCACUUUACCUCAAUACCACCCUUUUCAGCUUUUGGAGCUCAUGGAUCUUGGUAAAGUGCGGAGAGCAAAGGCUAUCCUAUCCCAUUUGGUUAAAUGCAUUGCUGGGGAAGUUGUUGCUGUAAAUGAAUCUGAAUCUAAUCAUGAUCGGCGACUUAGAUCUCUCACAAUCAGUGCUAGUGGAAGCACUGCUAGAGAUCCCAAGACAUUCAACAAAACAGAAAAUACGGAUUACACAGAAAUAGAUUCUGUUCCACCACUCCCUUUGUAUGCACUGCUUGCUGCAGAUGAUGACUGUUCCCAUUCCUGUUCAGAAAAGUCCAAUCAUAAAAAUAACUUAAGUAAACAAAAUGAUGUACCAGAUGAAAAUUAUGAAGAUCUUUUUCAGAGCUCCAGUUUAAGUACAGAUGAUCUCACCAUGUUUGAGGCAGAUGAAGAUAAUACAAAACCAAAGGUCAUUGAUCUUUCUCAAUAUGGCCCAACAUACUUUGGACUGGAACAUGCCCAGGUUCUUUCUCGCCACUUGCUUCAUUCAAGUUUACCAGGUCUCACUAGGAUGGAACAGAUGUCACUGAUGGCAUUAGCAGAUACAAUUGCCACUACUAGUACUGAUAUAGGAGAAAGCAGAGACAGAAAUCAGGGUGGAGAAACACUUGAUGAAUGUGGUUUAAAAUUCCUUUUAGCUGUUCGGCUUCACACGUUUCUGACCACCUCGCUUCCUCCUGUGCAUAGAGCCCAGCUGCUUCGCCAAGGUUUAUCUACUAGUCACUUCGCCUGGGCAUUUCAUUCAGUAGCAGAAGAAGAACUACUGAACAUGCUUCCUGCAAUGCAGAAAGGAGAUCCAACUUGGUCAGAACUCAGAGCCAUGGGUGUAGGAUGGUGGGUUCGAAAUAUCCACACAUUGCGCAGAUGCAUAGAGAAGGUAGCUAAAGCAGCCUUUCAGAGGAACAACGAUCCACUUGAUGCAGCCAUUUUUUACCUUGCGAUGAGAAAGAAGGCUGUGAUUUGGGGAUUAUACAGGUCCCAAAAAGAAGCUAAGAUGACACAGUUUUUUGGAAACAAUUUUACUGAAGAUAGAUGGCGUAAAGCAGCAUUAAAGAAUGCUUUUUCUUUGCUGGGCAAACAGCGUUUUGAACAUUCUGCAGCAUUUUUCUUGUUGGCUGGUCAUUUAAAAGAUGCAGUUGAGGUCUGCCUUGAAAAGCUGAAUGAUAUUCAGCUGGCUCUUGUAAUAUCAAGGCUCUAUGAAUCAGAGUUUGAAGUAUCCAGUACUUACAAAUCUAUACUACAGAAGAGGAUUUUGGGAAGUUCAUUUCACGGGAAAGAGAGUUCAUCCAGCAUACACAAUGAUCCCUUUCUACGAAGUAUGGCUUAUUGGAUUUUGCAAGAUUAUAGGAGGGCUCUUGAUACUCUAAUUAAGCAGCCUAUUGGAGAUGAUGGUGAUGGACAUACCUCAUCAAGUUGUAACCCUGCAGUGUUUAAUUUCUAUAACUAUCUAAGGACGCACCCACUCCUGUUGAGACGCCAUUUUGGCUCUUCUGAUGCACCUUCCACACGCAUAUGCUUAACUGUAGAAAAUGGACUAGCAGAUAAAAUCAAUCUAGGGGAAAGAAGGUUAUUCUUCACUACAGCAUAUGCUCAUUUAAAAACUGGCUGUCCCAUGUUGGCUCUGGAAGUGUUAUCAAAGAUGCCAAAAGUGGUCAAGAACUCGAAGUCUUUUUGUAGAACUCCUAGCUUAAUAGAUAGUAGUAAAGACUACUCACCAUCUUCUCCAGUAAGAUUAGAAGCUCAAGAUAGAUCUUCUCUUGUUGAUGGGUCACAGCCAGUUCUAAAUGGUUUAGGAUCACCUUCAGAUGCUUCAUCUGAUAAGCAGUCAAGCUCAGCUCUUUCUUUUGAUUGGAGCCAGCCAAGUUUAGUAUUUCAAGAUGAACCUUUGGAACUAAAGUGGGACAGUGACAAAGAUGAGGAAAGUGAAGAUUCUUCUCUUAUAAUGAAAGAGCUGAAACCCAGACCCAAGACCAGUGAAAAGUUAGAUGAAACUAGUUCCAGCUACACAGGAUCUUUCAGUGCACUUGAUGAAACUGAUAUUUUAAGUCCAUCUGAAGAUGUUAUUUCAGCACAUUUGAAGUUUAGAGCAUGUUUGAAAAUUCUCACUGUAGAGCUUCGUACACUGUCAACGGGUUAUGAGGUAGAUGGUGGGAAGCUGAGGUACCAGCUUUAUCAUUGGCUUGAAAGGGAAGUGGUAGCUCUUCAAAAAACCUGUGACUACAGUGCUGAAGUAGAGGAGAUGAAAUCUGGGAUUAGUGUGGUAGACGAAAUUGCAUUAAGUGAAAAUACUGAAGAGUCACCUGACCAACAAAAAGCUAUGAUUCAGAGAGAGAAUUUUCUAACAAGACGGCAAUGGCUUCUAAAAUACCAGUCACUCCUGAGAAUGUUCCUUAGUUACUGUAUACUUCAUGGAUCUCAUGGUGGAGGAUUGGCAUCUGUGAGGAUGGAAUUGAUUUUACUUUUACAAGAAUCUCAGCAGGAACAAUCUAUACAAAUUCCUUCCAGUCCUCUGCGAGAACAGAAUUCUAUACCACUUCUAUUUGCUUGUACAGCCAGUGCCAAAACAGUGGUGGCCAAUCCAUUACUGCAUCUCAGUAACCUGACCCAUGAUAUACUACAUGCCAUAAUAGACCUUGAUUCACCACCUCAUCCAGAUGUCCAGAAUAACAAAAUAUAUGUAAUGCAUACUUUAGCAGCAUCACUCUCUGCUUGCAUCUAUCAGUGCCUUUGUGGUGGCCACAGCUACAGCUCAUUACAAGCAAACCAGUUCACUGGAACAGUGUACCAAACACUCUUGCUUACCCAGCGCCAUUCAUUAAAAGCAGCAAGCUUAGAUGAAACCGUAACUCCAAAUACACCACCAGCUCAGUGGCCAGGAAUUACAGCUUUAAUACGGCUUUUGAAUUCUGCUGGGGAGGAAGCCCAGCCAUCACUCACAGUUUUACUCUGUGAAAUUCUAACAUCAGUCUAUCUUAGUCUGUUCAUACAUGGCCUAGCAACACAUUCCAGUAAUGAGUUGUACAGGAUUAUGGCCCAUCCACUCAAUGACAAAAUGUGGUCUGCUGUCUUUGGAGGUGGAGCUCAUAUUUCCAGCAGAGGACAGAUGCAACUGAGAACAAAAACUGUUUCUUCCCCUGUAGAUGAUGGUGAAAAACAACAGAAACGUUUUAGACUUUCCUCAAAAUUGUCUCCAAAAGAGUGUCCCCAGUCUCCGUCAUCACCAGCGGUGGAACAGGGAUCUCCACCUUACAGGGAAAAGUUUAUUCCUCCCGAACUUAGUAUCUGGGACUAUUUCAUAGCAAAGCCUUUUCUUCCAUCCUCACAAAGUCGAGUAGAAUAUGAUUCAGAGGAGAGCCAAGGAAGUGAUGAUGAUGAGGAGGGUGAGGAAGAUGUUUUUGCAUCAGACUCUCAACUUCAGGAGCAUUCUAAUUCAAAUUCAUACAGUUGGUCACUGAUGAGAUUGACUAUGAUUCAGAUGGUGCUUCAUAAUUUGAAGACUUUCUAUCCCUUGGCUGGACAUGAUCUUUCAGGCUGCUAUAAAGCAAUACAGGAACUUCCAGUUAGCUCCCCGCUGUGUCAUGCAGUCCUAAAGACACUUCAGCGCUGGGAGCAAGUUCUUCUCCGACGGCUUGAGUUAUACGGUGGCCCCCCUCAAAAUUUUAUUUCAGUUCAUGCACCUGAGGAAGCAUUAUCUGCAGGUCCUGCACUCCUUCGCCACAAGGUUUUGCUUGAACCUACAAACACUCCUUUCAGCAGAUCUAAAAGUCAUGUUGCAUUGUCUGUGAAGAGACUUUGGCAGUACCUGGUUAAGCAGGAAGUAAUCCAGGAAACAUUUAUCCGAAAUAUAUUUACGAAGAAAAGAUGCCUCAGUGAGUCAUUAGAGGACCACAGUGAAACCAUCAAAAAUUCUAUGAUGGAGGAGCCCAUCAACAAUAAGAUAGAAACAGAUCUGGGAUAUCCAGGAGGUAAAGCACGAAUUAUUCAUAAAGAAUCUGACAUCAUUACUGCUUUUGCAGUCAAUAAAGCAAAUCGGAACUGCAUUGCCAUAGCUUCCAGCCACGACAUUCAAGAACUAGAUGUUUCUGGGAUUCUAGCUACACAAAUCUAUACGUGGGUUGACGAUGAAAUAGAAACUGAAACUAAAGGGUCUGAUGACUUUUUGGUUGUACAUGCUCGUGAUGAUCUGUCAACUGUUCAGGGUACUACACCUUAUACUCACAGCAAUCCUGGCACCCCUAUAAACAUGCCUUGGCUUGGUAGUACGCAGACUGGUAGAGGUGCAUCUGUGGAAUAUUCCAAUAAAUUUAAUGGAAUCAGAAAGGAAUUGGCAAGAAAAGAGAUGCUCAAGAAGGCUAUUAAUAAUGUCAGAAGAAUGGCUUCCCACCCAACUCUACCAUAUUACCUGACAGGCGCUCAGGAUGGUAGUGUGAGAAUGUUUGAAUGGGGCCAUGCACAACAAAUUACAUGUUUCCGCUCUGGUGGCAAUUCAAGGGUAACACGGAUGAGAUUUAAUCAUCAGGGAAAUAAGUUUGGGAUUGUUGAUGCUGAUGGAUAUAUAAGUUUAUACCAGACAAACUGGAAGUGUUGUCCACAUACUGGAAUCACCCCCAAACCAUAUCUGACAUGGCAGUGUCAUAACAAAACCACCAAUGAUUUUGUUUUCAUCAGUUCAUCUUCUUUGAUAGCCACAGCUGGACAGUCUACUGACAACAGAAAUAUAUGUUUAUGGGAUACAUUGGUUGGUCCUGCAAAUUGUUUAGUGCACGCUUUUGUGUGCCAUGAUAGUGGGGCAACUGUACUAGCAUAUGCUCCAAAACAUCAGCUUUUAUUAUCAGGCGGCAGAAAAGGAUUUACCUGUGUCCUUGAUCUUCGACAAAAGCAACAACGACAGCUUUUCCAGAGUCAUGAUUCUCCAAUUAAAGCAAUUGCAGUGGAUCCUACAGAAGAAUAUUUUGUUACAGGAUCUGCAGAGGGCAACAUAAAGGUAUGGAGUUUAUCCACCUUUAAUCUUCUGCAUACAUUUGUCAAUGAGCAUGCUCGACAGUCCAUCUUCAGAAACAUUGGGACAGGAGUCAUGCAAAUUGAAACCGGACCAGCAAAUCACAUAUUCUCCUGUGGAGCUGAUGGGACAGUAAAGAUGAGAAUCUUGCCUGAUAGAUUUAUCCCAUUUAAUGAAGUGUUAAAAAAUGAUGUGAAACUUAUGCUGUAAUGUUUUUGUCAAUACUGUACAUAACUUUUCAGAAAAUAUUUUCCAUGGAAGUGGCCAACAAAUGUAAUAUACAAUGAUAUCUGGUGCCACAAAUAAUUGAUUUUAUGUUAAUAUUUAUUUCCUGAAGCUUUAGUCCCUGAUGCACUGAUGCCUUAAAGAUUAACAGGCUCCUUUAGACUUUGAUUUAUAUUGCCUAAAGUAGAAACUAUAAAUUA